AUGAGGCUCCAAUUAGACCAAUUCGGGCAGAUCAAAAACUACAUUCACAUGGGCCAGGGCGCCAUUCUCUUCCUUGCCUGGGUCCUGACAAUCGCCUUACUGACCAGACCUGGCACGACGGAUGGCCGGGUCGGCUGGUACUUUGGCUUGUGUUGGCUCACGAUUCCCAUCCUCAUUUACCUCGUAAUGGUCCCUAUGUGGUCCCGCGCCCGCCGCUUCUCCAACGUCUAUGCCUUCGCCGCUAUAGACUCUGUUGCUGUCAUCUUCUGGCUCAGUGCCUGGAUUGCCGUCGCCAGCUAUGUCUCCUCGGGAAAGGGCAAAGGAAAGAGUACAGACAAGGAUGCUAAAGGGUGCGAUAACUUCAAGUAUGGCAGCCCCGGGCGGUGUAAGCUAUCCGAAGCAAUCAUCGUAUUCGGCGUGUUUGAAAUGUUGCUGUUCAUCGCCACGGCCAUUAUCUCCUUCCGAGCUGUUAUGACGUUCAAGAGGACGGGCAUGAUGCCUCAGAACCUCCCCGCUUCUGGAGGCAAGAACGACUUCUCUGCACAAACGCAGGAUGAUUUCUCAAGUAAUAUGCGGACCGAUGACGAAGAUUUCGACGAGCAUCCUGGUAUGGGCGGCAGGCAGGAGUAUGAAUACCAGAAACCUUCGCUCGACGAUUCAUAUGCACCGAUUCGCCAGAGCGAUCACGACAACGACCUCGCACAGAUGCCUGCUGCGCAGCCCACCAGCCCAUUGAACCAUUCUGGGUUGGGUAUCCAUGACUACAACACGAGUUAUAACCCGGGGACAUACAAUGGUCAGAGCCAACCUAUGAUGGCUGGGCGAUAA